AUGGCGAAAUCGAGCGCCGAUGAUGAGGAGCUCCGACGAGCUUGCGAAGCCGCCAUUGAAGGAACCAAGCAGAAGGUCGUAAUGUCGAUCCGAGUAGCCAAGAGCGCCGGGAUCUGGGGCAAAACUGGCAAAUUAGGCCGCGGUCAAAUGGCUAAGCCUCGGGUUCUCGCCAUCUCCACAAAAGCCAAAGGUCAGCGGACUAAAGCAUUUCUGCGUGUAAUGAAAUAUUCAAAUGGAGGAGUUCUUGAGCCUGCAAAAUUAUACAAGCUGAAGCAUCUUUCCAAGGUGGAGGUUGUAACUAAUGAUCCCAGUGGAUGCACAUUUAUGUUGGGUUUUGAUAACCUUAGGAGUCAGAGUGUUGCUCCACCUCAGUGGACCAUGCGCAAUGUUGAUGAUAGGAAUCGCCUUCUGAUGUGUAUCUUGAAUGUUUGCAAAGACGUAUUGGGUCGUCUCCCGAAAGUUGUUGGCAUAGAUGUGGUGGAGAUGGCUCUUUGGGCUAAGGAAAACACACCUACCAUUACUCAGCAAAGAGUGAAUGUUCAAGAUGGACCUGCCGAGACUUCAGUUUCUGGGGGUGACAUGAAAGUGACAGUGGAAAGAGAACUUGUUUCACAAGCAGAAGAAGAUGAUAUGGAGGCUCUUUUAGACACUUUUGUCAUGGGCAUUGGUGAAGCAGAGGCAUUUUCGGAGAGAUUAAAAAGAGAGCUUCAAGCGUUGGAAGCGGCAAAUGUACAUGCUAUUCUGGAAAAUGAACCUUUAGUUGAUGAGGUUUUACAGGGCCUAGAAUCAGCAACUAAUUGUGUUGAGGACAUGGAUGAGUGGCUUGGCAUAUUCAACGUAAAACUCAGACACAUGAGAGAGGAUAUUGAAUCGAUAGAAACACGUAAUAACAAGCUGGAGAUGCAUUCAGUGAACAAUAAAUCCUUGAUUGAAGAGCUUGAUAAGCUUCUUGAAAGAUUGCGAAUUCCUUCAGAGUAUGCAACAUGUCUAACAGGUGGUUCAUUUGAUGAGUCACGGAUGCUUCAAAGUAUUGAAGCAUGUGAGUGGCUUACUAAUGCUUUACGCAACCUUGAAGUUCCUAACUUGGAUCCUACCUAUGCAAAUAUGCGUGCGGUAAAAGAAAAACGAGCUGAACUGGACAAGUUGAAAGCUACAUUUGUUCGAAGAGCAUCAGAGUUCUUAAGAAACUACUUUGCUAGUUUGGUGGAUUUCAUGAUAAGUGACAAGAGCUAUUUUUCUCAGCGUGGGCAAUUAAAGAGACCUGAUCAUGCUGAUCUGCGGUACAAGUGUAGGACAUAUGCUCGCCUGCUGCAACAUUUGAAGAGUCUUGAUAAGAAUUGCCUUGGUCCAUUAAGGAAAGCUUACUGUAGCUCCCUGAACUUGCUCUUGCGCCGUGAGGCUCGUGAAUUUGCCAAUGAACUUCGUGCUAGUACCAAAGCAUCACGAAAUCCUACUGUGUGGCUUGAAGGUUCCACCGGUUCCAGUCAAAGUGUAAACAAUGCAGAUACUUCUACAGUUUCAGAAGCUUAUGCCAAGAUGCUCACCAUAUUCAUUCCACUUCUUGUGGAUGAGAGCUCAUUUUUUGCGCACUUCAUGUGCUUUGAAGUUCCUGCACUUGUUCCACCUGGUGGCCAUGCAAAUGGAAAUAAAGGCGGGCCUAAUGAUGACGAGGAUGGAAAUGAUGAUGAUUUAGGCAUUAUGGAUAUUGAUGACAAUGACAGCAAAACUGGUAAAAGCUCCGCAGAGCUGGAGGCAUUAAAUGAAUCACUUAGAGAUCUACUUGACGGAAUUCAGGAAGACUUCUAUGCUGUGGUGGAUUGGGCGUAUAAGAUCGACCCCCUGCGCUGCAUCUCAAUGCAUGGUAUAACAGAACGUUAUAUUUCUGGUCAGAAAGCUGAUGCAGCAGGCUUUGUGCGCCUAUUGCUUGAUGAUCUGGAAUCCAGAAUUUCUAUGCAAUUUAGCCGUUUUGUGGAGGAGGCGUGUCACCAAAUUGAAAGAAAUGAACGAAAUGUUAAGCAGCAGGGAGUCUUGUCAUACAUACCGAGGUUUGCUACUCUUGCAACACGUAUGGAACAGUACAUACAAGGACAAUCAAGGGAUUUAGUUGAUCAGGCAUACAUGAAAUUUGUGACUAUUAUGUUUGUGACAUUGGACAAAAUCAGUCAGGGCGACCCAAAAUAUGCAGAUAUUUUACUCUUGGAGAACUAUGCUGCAUUUCAGAAUAGUCUUUAUGACCUUGCAAAUGUUGUGCCCACUUUAGCAAAGUUUUAUCACCAAGCUAGUGAAUCUUAUGAACAAGCAUGCACUCGUUUUAUCAGUGCUAUUAUUUACUAUCAAUUUGAACGACUGUUCCAGUUUGCUCGAAGGAUUGAGGACUUGAUGUACACAAUCCCGCCAGAAGAGAUUCAGUUCCAGCUUGGAUUGUCAAAAACAGAUCUUCGCAAAGUGGUUAAAACAAGCUUGUCUGGGGUUGACAAGUCAAUUGGAAUGAUGUAUAAAAGGUUGCAAAAGAAUUUAACCUCAGAGGAGUUAUUGCCUUCACUGUGGGAUAAAUGCAAGAAAGAGUUUUUGGACAAGUACGACAGUUUUGCACAACUUGUGGCGAAACUGUACCCAUCUGAAAAUAUACCAUCAGUGGCAGAAAUGAGGGAGCUUUUGGCCUCUAUGUAA